UUCUGUGUGGCCGGGGCCAUGGCAGCGGCGGCUGUGGCAGCGGACACGGUCCCGGGGGCACCGGGGUCGGGAGGCGCGGUCCCAGGAUUACCGAGCGCGCGGCCGCUGUCGGGCACGGCACGCCGCCUGCACCGCGCGCUGAACGCGCUGUUGAGCGAGAGGGAACGCGAGCGCUUCAUCUGCUGCCUGAACGGUUACCGGCGCCGCCGCAACGUGUACGAGCUGGUGCUCGGCCUCGGCCGGCUGCUCGACACCUCCCGCAAGCGGCAGCUGCUGCCUCUUCUCCGCCUCGUCAUUCCCCGCUCUGACCAGCUCCUCUUCGACCAGUACACCGCUGAGGGAGCCCAUCCCAUCUGGCCGGCCGGCACGCCCGUGAGUCCAGUGGAUUCUCCAGUUUGUGGCCCAGGACAUGUCAACUUCAGCACCGAUCAAUGGAUAGCUCCCCUCUAUCAAACCUGGGCGACGAAGGAAAACUGUGGAGAAAUCAGGCAGGUGACACUGAAAAGAAAUAAAACUCACGAGGGUUUGGGCUUCAGUAUCCGAGGUGGCUCAGAACAUGGGGUCGGGAUCUAUGUGUCUCUUGUUGAACAAGGCUCCUUGGCCGAAAAAGAAGGACUUCGGGUAGGCGAUCAGAUUCUCCGAGUGAACGACAAGGUGUUUGAUAAAGUUACUCAUGCAGAAGCUGUGAAGGUGCUGAAAGGAGCCAAAAAGCUGAUUGUGUGUGUGAGUUCAGUUGGCCGUAUCCCAGGAGGCUAUGUUACCAAUCAUGUGUACACAUGGGUGGAUCCCCUGGGUCGAAGUGUUUCACCUCCACCCGCCCUUCUUGGACACAAGAGUAAUCUGAGUUGGGAAAAUGAAAGUGAAAGGAGGAGCCAUCUUCAGUUGCUCCGAGAUGGAGAUGAGAAGAAGGUGAACCUUGUGCUGGAAGAUGGCAGGUCCCUGGGCUUGAUGGUGCGAGGUGGUGCAGAGUAUGCCCUGGGAAUUUACAUUACCGGUGUGGACCAGGGAUCUGUAGCAGAAGCCUCUGGCUUGAAGGUUGGAGACCAGAUCAUAGAGGUGAAUGGAAGGAGUUUUCUCAAUAUUCCCCAUGAUGAAGCUGUGAAAAUCCUCAAGUCAUCUCACCACCUCAUGUUGACGGUAAAGGAUGUUGGGAGGUUGCCCCAUGCCCGUACUGUGGUGGACGAGACCAACUGGAUCAGUGGCCCAGAAAUGAAUAAGACUGCUGGAAAAGGGGUUACCACAGAAGGCACUGGGCAGGCUGCUGUAAAGCCAAUAUUUUACAAGAGUUUGGCGGGGUCGCAGGUCAUGUUGAGCAGCUUGGUGAACCAAGCCCGGGCCAUGCUGGAUGAACAGGCUCGCCAUCUACUGAAUGAGCAGGAGCAAGCCACGAUGGCCUAUUAUCUUAAUGAAUACACCGAGAGUAACAUAAGUGUUCAGGCAUUGGUAAUGGCCCUCUUUGAGCUUCUGAAUACCCACGCAAAGUUCUCCCUGCUGUCAGAAGUCCGAAGUAUAAUUACUCCUCAGGACUUGGAUAGAUUUGAUAGCAUGGUACUGAGGCGUGAGAUUGAGUCGAUGAAAACUCGACAGAACUCCAGCAUCGGAACAGAUUCCUACUCUGCCAUGUCCUAUGGAGAGACAGCUUCAUCUUCCAGCAGUUACUAUACAUCUACCACCCUCAGUUCUGCCAGGAAUGACACAGAUCUCAUGGCGACCGGCACCCAGGUGCAGGGAGAUGCUGGAAGUUUGCCUGAUAUCUCUCUGGACAAUGUGCAGUUAUUUACUGAGAAUUCAUCUGACUUGAUAUCUGCUCCACCAGAGUCUCCCAACCCUGCCUUUCCACAGACGAUCAGGGACGCACCAAACUGGAGCUCCUCAGAGUCGUCGCAUUCUGGCCUCUUCUUCGUAGCUCCUCGAAGCCCUUCAUUAACCACUACAAAUAUUGACAGCGAUGCCACAAGUGACCGUACAUCCCUCACCUCAUCCUCUGUCAUUUCAUUGGAUGAGUCUAUUUGUGUGACCCAACCUAAAGACGUGAAAACACCGAGCCCGGGGAAUGAUAUGCUGCCACAACUUGCUCACGUCACCCAGCACCUCAUUGGGCCCUUCCCCAGAGUCAGGUCUCCAGCCCAGCUGCCAUCACUUUCAGGGUCUGCAUCGCCACCUCCUAUGUCUCGUCCCGGCUCAACAGACAAGUCAGAAUCACAGUUAGCAGCAACCAAUCAGCACUUUGUCAUGGUGGAGGUGCAUCAAGCCAACAGUGAACCUGAUGUCAAUGAAGUUCGAACGUUACCCCACUCCCGAGCAGCCGCAGCCUUGUGCCAGUUAUCUGACACUGGACAGACCCUCAGCGAGGACAGUGGGGUCGAUGUUGCUGAAGUGACAGGCAAUGGUAAAGACGCAAGUCUGGUUGCUGCAAGCAGCAAAGUCACCAGUGACCUGGCGAGGAACAGGAGCGACGCAGAGGGCCUCUCCAAACCACCUGGCCUCCUAGAGCCAACCUCGGUCCUAGUGAGGGUCCCCAAGAGUGCACCCACCCUGGGCAUUGCCAUUGAAGGAGGGGCAAACACACGGCAGCCUCUGCCCCGCAUUGUUACCAUUCAGAGGGGAGGAUCAGCACAUAACUGUGGAAAGCUGAAAGUUGGCCACGUGAUUUUGGAGGUUAACGGACUGCCACUUCAAGGAAAGGAACAUAAAGAAGCAGCAAGACGUAUUGCAGAAGCAUUUAAAACCAAGGACAGGAACUGGAUUGAUCUCCUGGUAACUGAGUUUAAUGUUGCCCUUUAGGAACUCCUGCCGCUACCCCUCACUGUGGCCCCAAGUUCUACAACUGUGAAAAAGUACCUAAUGUCAGCAACAAUACAACAUCUGUCCCCCAGUCCAUCCAGUCUGCUCACCAGAGUUAACAGCUGAUCCCAACUCUGCCUGUCAGCAAAACCCUCUUUAUGGCUUGGCACUUAGAUCUCACUUUUGAAAGUGAUGUCCGGAUACAACAGCUGAAUAUCUUUAUUUAUUGAAGAAGUAUUGUGGUCACUGAUGUAACCUAAUUCUGCAUAUUAACCUAAGUGAGUUAAUGUUCCAGAGUAAUUCCCAUUUGGCCUGGGAGAGGGGUUUCUGGCAGAACGGGACAAAUAUUUGUGAGAAUGCGUCCAUGCUGUGUCAGAGAGCUGACGAGUAGCUAUGCUGUACCACUGUCAUUGUCAGAGUGGGUGUGCUGUCCAUCAGAGAUUUAUUGUUGCCACAGUAUUUACCCAAACACCAGGAAUGCUGGCAAUUAAAGAUGAAUGUCCUGUACAAAUGUUGUCGGAGCAUUGGAAGAACUUGCCGCAUUCUAUAACAGCUUGAGCUUCGCAUCAGUAGCACAGCAGAAGAGAAUAGUUCAAACUACGGCCAGAUUGCUGGAGAUUACCCCAUCAUUGCGAGGACCACUCCAAGAUCAGAUUGAUUGUCUCAAGAUGCUGAUAGCUAUGGACGGUGGGAGGAAGUUUCAGGCUAACCCUCUCCACACUCACAUCAGUGUGUAUCUGCAGAGUGGCUGUGUGUUGUCUCUCUGGGAAGUAGAAGGCAGAUGGUUUCUCAUCCAACCUCACUCAGUGUGGUUUAGUGCAGUCAGGUCUGACUUUAUCCCUGACCUGUCUGUCCGUCUCUGCCUGGGCCGUCUUCAACCUAGCAGUGUGAACACUGAAUUCUCAAACUAUCCGUAACCAAUCCCUCUCUUCUUUCUUUUUCUCCCCCUCUGAUCCAACUGUCCCCCAUCACUCACUCUUUUCCCAUUGGUUCCAUUCCCCCUUCACACCUCUCCAAUGGGAUUCCACCUUUUUCAGCCCCCUGACACGUCCACCUAUCACCUCUCAGCUUCUUACAUCAUUUGCACUCUCCCCCUGCCUCACCUGGAUCCACCCAUCCUCUGCCAGGUCCUUCCCCCAAUGCUUGACACCAUCUUCUCUCUGUCAUUCUGUCCAGGUGAAGCAUUUUGAUCCACAAUAUAAUUAUCCAUCUCUCCCAACAGAUGUUGCCUGACCGGCUGAACUCCCUCAGCAGUUCAUGUGGUGCCAGGUAUUUAUGUGGAGACCUGCUUCCACCUAGUGGCAGGUGGAUGAGUUGCAGUUUAUUUUAUUAAGUGGGGAUAAGGGUGUCAGUAAGGGUCGGCAGCUGAAUCCAGCGAGUAAACACGAUGGGAAAGCUGGAUAAGUGGCCGUUCCCUGCCCUCUCCCCAGAGCCAGGUAACUUCUGUCUCAUGCCUGCAAUGCACACACCAGCACCUGACUCUUGCCCAGCCCAUCUGUGAAGCCUCAGUGUGUCAGACUGCUGGGUCUGACCCUAUGCCUUGCUAACCCUUCACGAGCAGGUCCAGUCAAACAUGUUUUACAGCGGUUCCACAUAUUGUUCAGAAUCAAACCGGUGUAACAGCAUAAAAGUAGUUGUUACAUCACCCAGGAUAGUUCAUUGGAUGCCGUUGUGAUAACAAAAAAUCCCGAGUUUGCAAUCUGUUGUGAUGAAUUCUGUCUCUUUAUUUAUUGUGUGUUUUAUUUUGUUAACCUGGAGAGUAGCGUUGGGACACAGGCUGCCUCUCGAGUUGAGAUUUGACCUUAUAAAUACCUUCCGUAUGACUCCUCACAGAAUAGCUCUGGUUCCAUGAUGAGACUCGUAGACUCGUGUUCAAAUGUUUCCCUAGAUAUUUACCCGGGCUUUGGCUCUGCACUCUUUGGUUUGUCCUGAGUUGGGACUGGAGAUGCUUCUCCCAGAGAUCUGACUGGCUGGAAUAGUACAGCUUUCUUCCCCAUCAGUGCAAAGCCCACAGGCUGUUGAGCACAGGGGUCUCACAACAACAAUGGUCACUAGAUUCUUGAGAUUUCCACCCUUUGUCCUAUUCGAGGAAUACUGUUUCCAGUGCCAUCCCACAGUAGUUCAGCAUACCCCGGUCCAAACAGCUAUUUCAUUCCACGCAAAUUCCUGAUGGGGGAGGACUAUGGUGGGGUUUCAGAGGAGUGGGUCCUGGAAUUAUCUCUUGUGAAAUAAAAUGCCAAAUGAUGACUGCUUAACAAAUUCCGCAUGGCUGAGAAAGUGAACCAGCAUUUCCCUGCCUGAGCUCUCCGCUUGUUGCUUCUAUUUUUCUCCCCAUUGUUUUGGUAGCUGGAUCGUGCAGUGAGUUCUCUGCCGUUCGCUGACCGUCAUCAUUGCCUCUAAUGCAGCACUGGUAUCCUUGUGUUUAGAGUCUGAUGAUCUCUUAUGGCUUCUGAACAAUGUGAGUCUAUGUCCGUGAUACCUGUACAGUUUAUUACCUAACCUUGUAAAUUGCUUUCAACCUCAUUACAGUAUUUGUACCAGAUUUGUGCUUUACAUUUUCCAAUAAAUCUGAUAA